AAAAAUACCAGGUGAAAAAAAUUAACCAGCGUGUUUUAACGUUUGUAAAAUUAACUUCUCCUGAGCACAAAUGUGAAACUAACAAGAAACAAAAAGGUAAUCAUGUGCGCGCUGAAGAAAAUUUUGCUUUUGAGCUUCAUUUUUCUCUUCUCAGGUUCUUUUUUCCUCGGGCGAUGUGUGACUUAUCUGUAGUAGUUUGUGCUCGACUGAGUUUUUUGCGCUCGAGUUUUGAAAGGGGUGGUUUUUACAGUUUGGGGGCGGGGCCGGGGUCACCUUCCUCAGCGAACCUUAUUGGCUGAUAUCUCCAGGGUUUGUGACGGACCGCCUACCUCCACGAGCCGGAGGAGGGCGGGGACAGAAGAAAGGCAGGAGAGUUAGCUAACUGGCUAUGCUAACAUCCAAACAACCGGCUCUCCAGCACUUAGCUUGUGUUUAGUGCCCGGUUUAGAAACUAGACCGGUCUGGAUUAGGGAAAGCAGCAUGAAUAAAGAAAGGUAACGCAGGCGUUUAUGUUGACUUGCUGUAACUUAUUGGAAUCACUUUUGACAGAAAAUGUCAGGUGGCUCAAAAUCAGGAUCAGUUACAGAACAUCUGUUUAAAAUACUGGUGAUUGGAGAUUCAGGUGUUGGAAAGACAAGUUUUGUUAACCGCUAUGUUAAGAAUCAUUUCUCAAGUCACCUGAAAUUAACGCUCGGAGUGGAUUUCUCUAUGAAGGUCAUUGACUGGGACAGUAAGACGCUGGUGAGAUUACAGCUGUGGGAUAUAUCAGGUCAUGAACAUUUUAAAAAUAUGAGCAGAGCGUAUUUCAAAGGAGCAAGAGGUGCGCUUGUUGUGUAUGACGUGACAAAAGAAUCAACGCUGGAGGGAGCCCUGAGCUGGAAACUUGAACUUGACCACAAAGUUGUGACGGAUAAAGGUCGUCCAAUUCCUUCUGUUCUACUUGCAAAUAAAUGUGACCGUAGCAAAGUGUGCUCAAAUGAACCCUGUCAUAUCGACAGACUGUGCAGAGAGAAGGGCUUUACUGGAUGGUUUGAAGUGUCAGCCACGGAGAGCAUUAAUGUGGAUGAAGCUGCUAAUUUCCUUGUGAAGAAUAUUUUGCUGUGUGAGGCGUCAAACGCAGAGAAAGACCAGCGUGGGAACAUAACACUGAAACAAACUCCUGAAAAAAGACUCUUUAACUGCUGUUAAUUACACAAGCCUGGAAGUUUCAGAAAUUAAUAAAGAAAAUGAGGAAUGUGUGACAAUUCAUUAUGGCAACACAGAUAUUACCUUUAAUAAUUGAUCAGUCAUAACAUUCGUACCAUUGAUUAGAUGUGAGAAACUUUGAAUAUCUUUAUCUACAGUGUAGUCUGACAAGCAGUGUGAUGAAUUAGGCAGCAAGUUGAGGUUAAAUUGCAAGGUACACACACUCAAUAGUCACACCUCAGGACGUGCAAUGUCUUGUGCAAAGUUAA